AGUAUUAAAGACAGUUAUCAAGCAUCGGUCAUGUGCAACAUGCAAAUGGUGGAAAAGAAAUAGGCCAGGUCAGAGAAUAAGGUCUCACAGAUGUGUUUGGAACCACCGAGGCAGUGCUAAGAUGAUGGAGAGUGAGGCUGGACUACUUGCACUGAAAGAAAUGACCAGUCAAGACUUUCGUCAACAAUGACCUGUCUCCUGGACACUUCUCCGAGUCCUAUGCAGAGAAGAUGGACGCUGACAGGAUCAAGAGGAUGGAGCGGGCCAGGUUACCAGAGAGAAAGAGAAGAAGGCUGACGUUGAAGGAAGAGAGAGCAACCUCAAAGGGAGGAAAUGAAGCAAUGGAAGGAUUGUCCUAUCAGUCUGAAAUAGGACUUUCUGUCAAUGAUAAAGAAGAUAUAGAAAGUAUCCCUGAGCCUGUGCCAAAACCAAGCUUUUGCUCCUCCACAAAGUUGAAGCACUGCCCUUCACCAAAUGUUGUCAUUUUAGAUCUGGAAACCACUGGCCUGAUUCAGCAUGGCAUUGUGCCCCACAUCACCCAGAUUGCUGCUGUAAAUAGGAAUACAAAGGAGCAGUUCUCCAGAUAUGUGGCUCCAGACCUGCCCAUUACACCAAUGGCGGAAAAGGUCACCAACAUAACCUGGAGUGGUGGAGUUCUAUGUUACCGUGGUGAGCCAGUUGAUUUUGUGAGAGUAAAGUCGGCACUGGAGGAUUUCUUGGAGUGGUUAGAGAAAUUUCCCAGCAUAGUAAUGGUAGCACACAAUGGCCGAACAUUCGAUUUUCGAGUAUUAUGCAGGGCAUUUCAUAGAUGUGGUUUGCAAGAGAGAUUUUGCUCUAAUGUUGCAGCAUUUUGUGACUCGCUUACUCUUUUCAGACAAAAGUACCCUAAACUUGAUAAGUAUAAGCAAGAAUUUCUGGCACAGCAUUUUUGUGGUCAUACUUACAAUGCCCAUAAUGCUCUUGAUGAUGUUGUCAUGCUAGAUGAAAUUAUUGAAGCAGGACUUAUCUCUGUUUCAGACUUUAAAAAACAUUCGUAUGAUACAGAUUGCCAAUUUCUUCAAGAAGAAUUUAAUUCUUGUAAAUCAAAAAAUGUUGCUUCACUUCGCCCUCUUAUUGGUGAAAAAGUAAUGAAAUCCUGCACGGUAGAAAAUAUUGCUGGAUCUGGACUGAAUCUGGGUCAUUUGAGACUGAUAUUCAAGAGAAGUGGUGAAGAUGGACUGGUUAAUGUGUUUUCUAUGAAAAAUAGUUUAGGGAAACCAAGAGUCACAUCAGACAAAAAGGUGUUGGGAGAAUGUAUUCCAAAACUGUGUGCAUAUUUUAGCAAAUGAUAUGUUAUUAUGUGUAAAAUUGUAAAAUAGCUUAGGGAAGCCAAGAGUCACAUCAGACAAAAAAGUGUUGGGAGAAUGUAUUCCAAAACUUUGUGCAUAUUUUAGCAAAUGAUAUGUUAUUAUGUGUAAAAUUGUAAAAUAGUUUAGAGAAACCAAGAGUCACAUCAGACAAAAGAGUGUUAGGAGAAUGUAUUCCAAAACUAUGUGCAUAUUUUAGCAAUUGAUAUGUUAUUAUGUGUAAAAUUGUAUAAUCAACGUCAAAUGUCCAUUCAAGCAAUACAAACUUGGAACAGAGCAAACAUUGAUAUAUUAAUAUUUUAGACAGAUAUUUCUAUGAUUUAUUAGCUUGAAAUUUGAGAGAAAUACAUUUAGUGUUGUGAAAAUAUCAGGUUGAAACCGUAGAAAAUUUGUUUACUUUACUUUCUCGAAAAGUUGCUUAUGAGUUAUCUCCCUUUGUGAGUUGUUGCCCCUGAUGACCUAUUUAUUUUUAACUACUGUUGCUGCCCUAUAGAUUAAACACAAAAGAAAAUAUUGCUUCCAGUUAUAUAAGAGAAUUAUAAAUUAUUCAAAUUAACCAAAAUUGUUAAUUUUUUAACGUCCAAAAA